GUGCAAAUAAUUUUUGAUAUUCACUGAGCCUUAAACUUUCAGCUACUAUACAAAAUGGUGAAUAUAUCGGAAAAGAUCAAGGAAAUUCAAGAUGAAAUGUCGAGAACUCAAAAAAAUAAGGCCACAGAGUACCACUUAGGACUUUUGAAAGGAAAACUAGCAAAAUAUCGAAGAAUGCUUUUGGAUCCAGAUAGUUCCUCCAACCAGGGAAGUAAAGGUCAAGGAUUCGAGGUUAGCAAGAGUGGAGAUGCUCGAGUCUGCUUGAUUGGCUAUCCAUCUGUGGGAAAAUCGUCUUUUUUGUCCAAAGUUACAAAAACUCAGUCUGCGGCCGCGGCAUACGAAUUCACCACCUUGACUUCUGUUCCUGGUGUUUUACGUUAUGAAGGAGCUGAAAUUCAAAUUGUCGACUUGCCUGGAAUAAUCAAAGGAGCCAGCGAGGGAAAAGGCAGAGGAAGACAAGUUGUUGCAACCGCGAAGACAGCAGAUUUAAUUUUGAUGGUCCUUGAUGCAACUAAAGGCCCAGAUCAGCGUGAGAACCUAGAAAAAGAACUUGAAGCCAUUGGAAUCAGAUUGAACAGGAGUAAGCCUGACAUCGUGAUAAAAUACAAGCAGUCCGGUGGUAUAAAGCUGAUUUCGUUAAACCCUCCAUCUUACUUAGAUGAAAAGCUUGUGUCCUCCAUACUAAAGGAAUACAGAAUACACAACGCGGAUGUAACAUUGAAAGAUAAAGAUGCCACUGUAGACGAUUUGAUUGAUGUGAUCAAUGAGAAGCACGUGGUUUACAUACCUUGUCUUUACGUCUACAACAAGAUUGAUGCCGUUUCGCUGGAGGAAGUGGAUAGAAUUGCACGCGAGCCUAAUACCACAGUGAUGUCUUGUGAGAUGGAGCUUUCGAUUGAUGAUGUGGUAGAAGAAAUAUGGUACCGUUUAGAUCUGUUGAGACUGUACACAAAGCGAAAGAACGAAAGACCUGAUUUUGCGGAACCACUCGUUGUCCGCAAUCAGUCGACAAUCGAAGAUGUUUGCAAUUCAAUCCACAAGGACUUAAAAGACAAUUUUAAGUACGCUUUGGUUUGGGGGUCAUCUUCCAAAUUCGGAGUGGCUCCCCAAAAGUGUGGUUUGAACCAUUUAGUCCACGAUCAGGACGUGGUAACGAUAGUUACAAAAUGAAACCUAGAAUCAAUUGUGUAACUUUUUUUCUAGGUUUUUGAUCCACGUAUCCACUUGAGAUUGGUUUUCCCAAAUCAUUUUGCGGUUGUCGGCCAUGUGCGCCUCAAAAUCAGAAAGUUUGUUUUCCAAGUCUGUAAUUUGUCGUCGCAUCGCACUGAAUUCGCUGUGUAUGUUAUUGAGAAAGUCGCUUGAAGGAGCAAUUGAAGUUGCCAUUAAACCAAUUGAUUUUAAUUUAGUGUUGACUUUCUCCAAGUUGGGUACGCGCAAUGAUGCAUACCUAUCAUACAGGUAUUCGAUCUUCUGAAGCAGAGAACUCUCUUUCUCAUUCGAGAGCAAGCUAUCAGCACUGGCUAAUUUGGUAGGCAAAUUCUUGCUCUGCUGGGACAUGCACGCCAUCAGAAACUCAAUUUUCUGAGUCAGAGCAUUAAGUUGCAACUGAACACUACCACUUUCAAUGGGCCUGCAUUCAGUUCCUGUCAAGUUUUCCAGCAUUUCCACUUUUUCCAAUAAUAAAAGAAUUUUUGAAACGGUCUCUGAAUCGGCAUUUAAAUUUAGUUCAAGCUCAUCAUGGUUCACCUUAUUAUGCCUUGUCGCAUAUGAAUUGCGAAGCAAUCGACUCUUUUCUUUCAGAGUUUCAGUGAUUGAAGUCCACUCUUGUAAUUCACUUUCUGAUUUUGACAAGAUAACACGUUCGCGUAACUUGUUCAAGAAUUCAUCAACAAGUAAUUCGGAGUCAAUAAGGGUGUUUGGCGUACAUCCGUCGGAUUGCUCUAACUGUCUGAACCGUAACCGACUUUCAAGUUCUGACAAAUCUUCUUGAUUAGGCGUAUAAGGCGUAAUACCUGACGACACGCAUGGGUGAAUCAAUUCAGACGACGACAAGGAUUCAUCGAAGCAUACUGGAUUUGAGGUUUCUAGAAUUUCAGGCUCUUCAGCCG